AGCACUCCGAAAGACUUGGAGGUCGAUCGGCCUUUGACAUACUUGUAGGCGGGCGCUAUGGUGCCGGAGUCGCUGUCCGGCUUCGUGGACAUCCGCGCGGCAGCGCCGUCGUUCUUAGUCGCGGCUUUGGCGUUGUACAUCCUGGUGGAGCAGCUGUCCUACCACCGAAAGAAGGGCCCCCUGCCCGGCCCGCCGCUCGUCCUGCCGUUCUUCGGGAACAUCGCGCACUUGAUCCGCGACCCGACCGGGUACUGGGACGGGCUGGCGGCGCGCGCCAGGGAGUCUGGUGUGGGGCUCGCGGCGGACUUCUUUCUCGGGCGGUUCAUCGUGUUCAUCCGUGACACCGAGCUGACCCACCGCGUGUUGGCCAACGUACGCCCCGACGCGUUCCACUUCAUCGGACACCCCUUCGGCAAGAAGCUCUUCGGCGACCACAAUCUCAUCUAUAUGUUCGGCGAGGACCACAAGGAGCUGCGCCGCCGGAUCGCUCCAAACUUCACGCCGCGCGCGCUCUCCACCUACGCCGCCAUCCAGCAGCGCGUCAUCAUUGCGCACCUCCGCAGGUGGCUCGACUGGAGCGCUGCCCAAGGCGGGAAUGCCUUCUCGAUGCGGGACCCCUGUCGCGACAUGAACCUGGAGACCUCGCAGACGGUGUUCGUGGGACCGUACCUGACCGAGGAGGCGCGGGAGAGGUUCGAGAGGGACUACAACCUUUUCAACGUCGGCCUCAUGGCGAUGCCCGUAGACCUGCCCGGGUUCGCGUUCCGGCGCGCGAAGCAGGGCGUGGCGCGGCUGGUGCGCACGCUCGGGGAUUGCGUACGGCAGAGCAAGGCGCGAAUGCGCGCCGGCGGCGAGCCCGAGUGCCUGGUGGACUACUGGAUGCAGGAGACUCUGCGGGAGUUCGACGAGGCGGCGGCGGCGGGACGUCCGCCGCCGGCGCACACCGACGACGAGCAGAUCGGCGGCUACGUGUUCGACUUCCUCUACGCGGCGCAAGACGCUUCCACGUCCUCCCUCUGCUGGGCUGUGUCCGCGCUCGACUCCCAUCCAGACGUGCUCGCCUGCAUGCGUGCCGAGGUGGCAGCGGUCUGGUCGCCGGACUCGGGCGAGCCCAUCACCGCGGAGCAGAUGGCGGAGAUGAGGUACACCCAGGCCGUGGCGCGCGAGGUGAUCCGGUACCGGCCCCCGGCGACAAUGGUGCCGCACAUCGCCCGCGAGCCGUUCCAGCUGACGGAGUGGUACACGGUCCCCAAGGGCACCACCGUGUUCCCGUCGCUGUACGAGUCGUCGUUCCAGGGGUUCCAGGACCCGGAGGCGUUCGACCCGGAACGCUUCUUCUCGGAAGCGCGCCGCGAGGAUGUGGCGUACAAGCGCAACUUCCUAGCGUUCGGCGCCGGCGCGCACCAGUGCGUGGGUCAGCGGUACGCGCUCAACCACCUGGUGUUGUUCAUGGCACUGUUCGUGUCGGUGGUGGACUUCAAGCGGGACAGAAACAAGGGGUGCGACGAGCUGGUGUAUAUCCCGACCAUCGCGCCCAGGGAUGGCUGCGCCGUGUACCUCAAGCAGCGCUGCGCCAAGCUCCCAUCGCUCUAA